AUGAUAGUAGAUUAACAAACUAAUCAAACAUUUAGAUAACUUAAAGCAACUAACUAAUUUCCAGAAUUUGAAUGCUUGAAAACCUCUGUAAUCAUAGCUGUGCUUACUCAAAGUAGUUAUCCUCAUAUCAGAAAGAGAAUUUGCCCAGCUGUCUAUAAAAAAUAAAGCCCAUGA